AAAUCAUCAUAAAAUUUUGUGCGCGUUUGUGAUUGUGUAACUUUCAGCCAUGUUUGCAGUAAAUUUAAGUAUACAGAAAUUAAAGAAAAAACUUGUCCAUGUUGCCCAAUUCGCCCAAACUAAUGUUCGUAAUGAUACAACUUCAAAACGUUGCAUUUAUCAAACGGCAGUGUGGCGCUCAGAUUGCGACAGCAAGCCGCCACAACCCCUCGAAGUAUGCACCAUCUCAGAGAACGUGAUUGAUCCAUGCGCCCCUGAACCAGCUGUGCUGAUUGUCGGAGGCGGCCUCGCCGGCCUAUCGGCGGCGCACCGCCUCAAUCAAUGCGGCAUCAGCAACUUUACCAUUCUCGAAGCAACAGAUCGUCCUGGGGGAAGAAUUCAUUCUUGUUGGUUAGGGGAUGUUAUCGCCGAGAUGGGCGCUCAUCACAUCAUAGGGGGAUGCUCAGCGAACCCUGUUUACAAUCUAGCAUGUCAAGAGGGGUUGCUUACUCCUCCAAUCACUAGAUGUGAUCAUAGUAAAGCUCUCUACUGUACCAGCGAAGGUCGCGCCAUUGAUAUGAGUGUAGCUGUAACUGCUUAUCAUAUCUUCAAGCAAAUCGAGCAGGAAGCUGCAAUGUUGUUUUCUGUGGGUGCUGGGAAAGAAAAUGGGUCCUUGAUGAACUUUUUUAGGAUGAGGAUACAACAAGAACUGUUCAAUUUUCCUGAUGAACAGAAAUAUGAUGCUUCUAGGGUUUUGUAUGGUUUGACUAACAUGUUACGUACUAGAAUUGGUGAUGACUUGAGCCGGGUUAGUGCUGAUAACUUUGGGAGUACUAUUGCUAUCCCCGGAGGUAGAAUCAGGGUUCCACUGGGUUUUGUAGGUGUUUUGGCACCACUUUUAAGAGAUCUACCAGAUUGUAGUUUAAAAUACAUGAAACCAGUGGCUAAUAUCAAAUGG